AUGGUGAUUAAGGUCGGACACUGCCCGCUUGGACACUCCAGAACUGAAGAAAAGCCUGAAGAACCAACAGCUGAUAUCUCAACCUCUAAGCUUGGGCAAGAUCCUGGGGCUGAAGAGAAACACGGUCUAGUCGGUUGGACUGAGGAGGAUGUUGAAGAUGGCAGAUGGGUCGUAUACAAUAAAGGUAAAGAAGUGGAUAAAGAAAAGGUCAAACACAGCCGCGAGCAUUCGUACUACGAAACUCUAAAUCUGAUUCCUGGCAAAGUGCCUCAUUAA